AUGGCGGAGAAGCUACCAUGGGGUUUGAAAACCGAAGGCUUAACUCCUGGAUCUGCGAAGGCAAUAUCAGAAAGCAAAUUAAAAGCUUUUAACAUUGGGACAAUGAAUAUUGGCAAAAAAGGCCUCUCAAAGAAAGAACAAGAAGAAUUAAAACGGAAACAGGAUGAAGAAGCUACAGCUCAGGUUUAUCAAGAAUUUGUGGCUUCAUUUGAAGACACAUCAAAACAUAACAAGACUUGGGUUAAAGGUGGAACUGUGAAUCCAGAAAAAAAAGAUGAACCUAAACCUGAAAAAACAAAGAUUUAUAAGCCCACUUCAAAGUUGGCAGAACUGGCCUCAACUUUCCAAUCUGUGAAAGAAAUUAAGAAAGAAAAGAAAGAAGAGAUUCCUAUAGUUCCUGCUCCUCAUGUAUCAGUACCAUUGCUGUCAACACCUGAACAGAAUAUGAAAAUUCACCCUGACAAUUCUAAACAGGAGAAAGAAAGUAAAAGUAAUUACUCUGCCAAGAAAAAGAAAGAUGAUAAAAAAAAGAGUAACCUUGAACUUUUCAAAGAAGAAUUGAAACAGAUUCAAGAAGAGCGGCAAGAACGGCAUCGGUUGAAAAAGCAAUUCAGAAAUAAUACUGAAGAUGAAGUGGAAGAACACUCUGGACCAAGGUUUGACUUAAGCUUAGAAACUAGUUCAAAUAUCUUGGGACCUAGAGGAUCAGGUGAAAACUUUAAUCGUUUAGGAUCGUAUGAUCCAGGAGAUGAAAAUACUACCAACAUUUAUGUAGGAAAUAUUAAUCCCAAGAUGACAGAACAACAGCUGUGUGAGGUAUUUGGGAAAUAUGGUCCUCUUGCAAGUGUAAAAAUUAUGUGGCCAAGGACUGAUGAAGAACGAAAUAGAGGACGAAACUGUGGUUUUGUGGCAUUUAUGAACCGAAAAGAUGGUGAGAGAGCAAUGAAUGCUUUGAAAGGAAAGGAAAUAAUGGGGUUUGAAAUGAGACCUGGUUGGGGAAAAGCAGUACCAAUUCCUCCUUAUCCGGUUUACAUUCCACCUGCUCUAAUGGAAAUGACUUUACCACCACCACCUUCUGGUCUUCCAUUUAAUGCUCAACCAACUCGAAGGAGCCGAGCUGAUAAAUUAUAUGGCAAUGUCCCUCCUCCAAGCUUGGAUGGUGUCCGUCCAAAUGAACCGGAGGACUUGGAGAAGACUUUAGCCAAUGCUGUUGUGAAAGUGGUUAUCCCCACAGAAAGGAAUCUUAUAUGUGUAAUCCAUCGAAUGAUAGAAUUUGUUGUAAGGGAAGGUCCUAUGUUUGAAGCAAUGAUAAUGAACAGAGAAAUUAAUAAUCCAAUGUUCAGAUUUCUAUUUGAAAAUCAGAGUCCUGCACAUACUUAUUACAGAUGGAAAGUUUUUACUAUAUUACAGGGAGAUUCACCUUAUAAGUGGAGGACAGAAGAAUUCCGAAUGUUUAAAAAUGGUUCCAUUUGGAAACCACCACCACUGAAUCCAUAUACACAAGGAAUGCCUGAUGAAUUGGUUGAUAAAGAUGAAAACCAGAUAAAGAAAGGACAACUAACUGAUAGCCAACGAGAUCGUUUGGAAGAUAUGCUCCGUGAACUCACUCCUGAGCGAUCAAAAGUUGGAGAAGCAAUGGUAUGGUGUUUAGACCAUGCAGAAUCUGCUGAGGAAAUUGUAGAAUGCAUUACUGAAUCUUUGUCAAUUUUAGAAACCCCUAUACCAAAAAAAGUAAGUACUUAA